AUUGCAUGGUGUCCGCCAAUCAGGUCAACUUCCGGUUCUCGUUACUUACUUCCUUUUUACUGAAAAGCCGAAGCGUGUGGUUUCUAACAGAAGAGUUUAGCCGAAAGGUUACACGUGAAGACGUAGCUAUGGGUCGCCGAAAGUCCAAGAGAAAGCCCCCUCCAAAGAAAAAGCUUACUGGGAAUUUGGACACUCAGUUCACCUGUCCAUUCUGCAAUCACGAGAAGUCAUGCGAUGUCAAAAUGGAAAGGGCAAGGAACACUGGGAUAAUAUCAUGCACAGUUUGCCUGGAGGAAUUCCAAACCCCCAUCACCUAUCUGUCAGAGCCUGUGGACGUCUACAGCGAUUGGAUAGACGCUUGUGAAGCGGCCAAUCAGUAGCCCAGGUUCCCCGGGGCUGAAGACGCAUUGAAACAGGAAGCUGAUUGGAGUUGGCACUUGUCUGUUUCUCACAACUCACUGGCCGGUCUUCAGCCCAACACAACAGUCCCGCCCCAGGCCGACCACAUUGCAGACGGUGCCCUGCAUUCAUCGACAGUUGCUUUUCAUCGACUGCACAGCCGGGCUUCCCGCUGCUCCGUCAUAUCACGUGACCCGCUGAUGUGUUACACCUGUCUCGUUUCUGUGAGGAGUGUCAGGUGCCUGGAAUGUUGUAAGCCUGGAAUGCGACCUUUGACCUGUACCUCACUACAUGUCUCCCACACUAGCGGCCAGGUUGUGGACCGAGGGUGGACCUCCCUGUCUGGCGUGGUCACAGCGGGGGUCGUCGUUCAGUCUGCAUUUCCCCCUCCUCGCCGAUUGUUUUCUUUUCCACAGAACUAUCAACUGUCAUGGCUACCUGUGGCUCCUAGACGUCACCAGUAGAAUUAUAUAGUAGGUCACUAGUCUGGCUUCAGAUCUGUUUGUGCUCUCCCAUUUCAUUGCUCGCUGGCAAGCUAAACCGUUGUUUGCUGUCACAGUGAGAGUGAGAAGGGGUUGUCGUUGGGACAUCGACAGACAGGAACUUGGGCUAUAUAGGAACUGCUCUUGGUGGGUUUCUUCGAUUUGACCACAUUUGGUUUUCACUCUCCCUUGGGUACCUUGUGUCCUAGCCUGACUGCCUGUCCAUUUCUGCCAGCUUCCUAUGUAAAAGUGGGGGAAAAAACAGCACAAAUAGAUCUGGAUCUAGAAAGUCGUGGCAGUGUUAAAGCAAUUCCCAGGACUAUCCAACAGUAUUGUUACUUUCCAUACAAACCAGUAGGUACUUCCAGAAAGCAGGAUAUGCUGUUAAACAUAUCUCUGGAUUUUCAAAUUCUUUUAGAAAGCUACAUUUGAACAUGGGAUGUUGUUGGUUUUCAAGUCAAUUAUAGUGUCAGUUUAAAGUUAGAAUUUUGGAACCGUUAGCUGGCUAAUUCAUUAAUACUGCUUCCUGGAACUGCCCAGUCCCACAAGUCGUUUUGUCAAGUGGUGUAUGAAAUAUUUUCUAAGAUUAUCACAGGUCUUAUUUCUAGGGUUCUCCCUUAAGACAUGUUGCUCCAUUCCUUUGUUAGAGAAACUGGACAAAAAGGAAAGAUUGGGUGGUAUAAACACCAGGUUAAUAGGUCCAGUAUUACUAUAGAUUUCUUUGUCUUUCUAAUAAGAUAAUUGCAAAUGUUUUAUUGUUGGUUUGCCCAUUCUUUGUGAUAUUGUAAUAAUCUUUUGUUCUUUGAUUUGAAAAAUAAAGUGUUUUAUUUUGACACCAAUGA